AUCACACGUGGUUUCACGGUUUCUGAAAAGCCAAGCUGAUUUUCUUCUCAAAACAAGUUUUAUAGUAUUUAUCGUGUACUAAAUUGUAAUCGGAAACUAGUUAUGAACCGGAAAACUUUAAAUGAUAAUAUUAAAUAUUCUCGUGAAUUGUUAAGUGUACCCGAAGAAUACAACAAAAAUACUGUUGAAAAAAAAUAUAACUAUUUACGACGUUGCUGGUAUCCUGUGUUUCACAAUAAUUCAUCUGAAUCAGAGUUUAUAUAUAAUGCUCUUCAAACCGCCCAAGAUACAUUACAUAAAGCAAGUAGUAAUAAUUUGAAGGACGAUAACACAAAAACAUUAAAAAAGGCUUGUGAAUCUCUAAAAAAUUGGGAGAGCAAAAAAGGCUGCAGAUGCGAUCGUUGUGAAGAUGUUAACUACAAAAGUUUGGCAUUCUCAAUUCCAGAAAAAGAACUAGAAAAGGAAAUGGAAGCUGACAAAGCUAUGAUGGAACUAAUUACGCAAGAAGGUCGCGAAAAACAAAAAGCUCUCAAGAAAAAAGAAAGAAAAAAGAAGCAGAGGGAAAAGAAAAAAGAGAAACAUAAUUCUAAGGAAAAUAUCAAAAUUAACGAUCAGUAUAAAAAUGAUAGUGACAGUGAAGAAGGUCUCAUUAAGGAUGAUAUAACUAACGAGGAAAAUGAUGACGAUAAAAAUGAUAGCUCAAGCGACUGUGAUAAACUGAUUGAUAAUUCUGCUUUUGUUAUGCAAUCAAGUAAACGAAAAAAGAAAGUUCAGAAAGAGCAAGCAAAACAUUCGUUAAAUAAUUCAAAAUCAUCUUCUACAAGUAUAAACAAAACAAAUUCCAAUCACUCAGUGAAAUCUAGUAACACAAAUGAUGGAGAUAAUGAAAAAACUAGAGAAGAGAGAGCUCAAAUAUUAGCUAGUAAAGGAUACUUACUAGCAGAAAAAGAACAGAAUUUUGAAGAAGCUAUUAAUUUAUUUAAAGAAGCUAUUAACUUAUACGAUAGAGAUUGCAGAUUAUAUGGACAUCGAUCUUUUUGUUAUGAACGUUUGGGAUUAUAUGAAGAAGCUUAUGCGGAUGCCGAAAAAGCCUUGACAUUAAACGAACGAUGGGAGAAGGGUUACUAUCGUAAAGCUAGAGCGCUAACCGGCUUAAAAAGAUACGAAGAGGCGGUAUCCUGCUAUAGAAAACAUUUGGAAUUAGAUCCUAAUUCAAUGGAAGGAGAUGCUGAAUUAUACGAUGUACAAUUAGUUCAAUUACAGGAAAUGGGUUAUGAUAAAGAUAUAUCAGAGAGAGCUUUGAAUAAAACAAACGACGUUAAUGCUGCUGCUCAUUUAAUACAAGAAAAAAUUCAAGAACCUAAGAAAACAACAAUUCAAUCUAACGAAACUUCAAGAUAUUUUAAAGAUACAACAGAAGAGUCUGGUCGGAACUCUGUUGAAUCCCCGAGUAUUUUAACCGAUAAUAUUUGGAAUACAAAUGGUUCAAGUCAAAAUGGCUGGGCCAAUAAUUUCUUCGAUCCUGAGGAUCAAAAUUCACCAAAAAAUACAAAUAACGGCACCGAGAAUAAUUCAUAUAAUAUACAUAAUCUUUGGAGUAGUAAAACAUUAUUUGAUGACUUAAACGAAAUGGUCAAUGAUAAUAUAAAUGCCCCAAAGAGGAAAACAAUGGCUGAAGUGAUAGCCUGUACUAAUAGUGAUAAACUACAAAAAAACUCAAAACCAGUUAAUGACACAAACAAAAAUAACGUGAAGCCGCCUUGUGAAGGCUUGAAAAAGCCUGUUACAAACGGUGAAGUUCAACCUUCAAACGUUCCAUAUACCACAACAAAUAAAGAUCAAUUAUUAAAAGAUCCAACAAAUCCACUAAGAGCAACAAAUCUGUGGAUCGGUAAUGUUGCACAGGAGGUAGAUACUGAUGAAUUAUUAGAAAUGUUCGGAAAAUGCGGAACCGUUAUAAGUCAUUAUAGAACAACUGAAAAAUUUUAUAUGUUUGUAAAUUAUCAAACUCCCGAACAAGCGGCAAAAGCGAUGAGUAGUUAUCAGGGGGUACAAUGUGGACCAAUGAGAUUAUUAUUAAAAUGGCCAAAUAACGUUGAUAGUCACAGAUAUCAAGAACAUAUUGAAAAAGGUCCUGUGAAUGGUAAUGAAUGCUACUUUUGGAGAACUACUGGGUGUAAAUUUGGUGCUGAUUGUAAAUUUAAACAUAUUAAAGCUAAUAAGAGUAUAGAUUUGCAAGGUUGGCAUCUGUCUGCUAAUGGGAAAAAAUAA